AUGCCUGAUCCUCCUCAAUUCCCUCACAACCCUCUUCUCCUCCUCUCAGACUGGCUGGCACAAGGCAACGACCUGACUUCGUUUUCACGAUUCUUCAUUGAAUCUUUAUCAGACUCCUCGAUCAAUCGAGCUCAACCUCUAUCAGCAGCAGGACCAUCAACCGCAACUGCAUCAUCCGGUUCUAACAAUGGAACGGCCAAGACAUACAGAAUAAGAUUGGUUCCUCACCUCGAAUCAACCAGAUCACUAGCUUUCGACCCCGUCGUCCGAGAAUUACUACCCAUCGCCGUUCCUCCCGGUGCAUUACCUUCUAUCGCCGCUCAGUCUGUAUCUGCCGGUGGACCAUCCGUUAACGGUCGACCACCUGCCUUGCUUUUAAAGAUAGGUAGAUUCACCGAUAAGUCCAAUAACCAACUUCCUCAACCUGGCGCGACUGGUACCACUUCCACCAAUGGGGCUACGAUCGGUCCGAAUUCCAGAGGCUCAGGUCCAGCCGGUACUGGAGAAGCUCAUCUGACCAUAGCUGGUGGAGGAGGUGAUUUGACUUCUGGCAGAGUAGCGUUCAAGAGUAAAGUCGUCAGUAGAGGUCAUGCGGAGAUCUGGUGUGAGGAAGGUGGUAAAUUCUAUAUAAGAGAUACUUCAUCUUCCUCUGGAACGUUCUUGAACCAUAUUAGAUUAUCGAGUCCCAAUACCGACUCGAGACCUACGAUGCUCAAUGACGGAGAUAUCCUUCAACUUGGUGUGGACUAUCAAGGAGGUAUAGAGGAGAUGUUCAGAUGCGUUAAGAUCAGAGUGGAGAUUGGUAGAGAGUGGCAAAGGGCUGCUAAUGAGUUCAACACAAACGCUCUAAAACAGCUUAAAGCACUUGGUGGUGCGAGUGAUACGAAGGAGAAAGGUACUCCGUCGAAGAAAGCUAAAGCGAGCGUUACGGAUUGUUGUAUCUGUUUGUUUAGUGUCACUGUCUGUCAAUCUUUGUUUAUUGCUCCCUGUUCACAUGUCUUUCAUUAUAAAUGUAUCAGACCAUUGCUCUUACAACACCAUCCGGGUUUCUCAUGUCCGCUAUGUCGAACUUUUGCCAAUCUCGAAGAAGAUGUCGAGACCGAGGACGCAUGGGAGAUAGCCUCUCGAAGAGCAUCCAUCAUAUCCCGAAAACCAUCCAAUCAUUCUAUUCGAUUACCCAAUGCUUCAUCUCAGAACGAAGCUCAACUAUCACCUUCUGGACCGUCCGGUGAACCUUCCACGAAUAUCGGACUGGGCGGAGCGAGUUCAGCAAGUGUCAAUGAUCUUCUAUCUGCUGAACAAGAUUCCGAAGGUGUAGGGAUGAUCGGAUCUUCUGCUCUUGCUAGACAGACUACCGCUGUGGCUCAGCAGGAACAACAAGGGGACGUUGAGAUGGAGGUACCUGAAGUAGUUCAUGAAGAAGAAUCAGAGCAAGAAUAUGGGAACGAGAACGAACCCACUCGUAUCAUGGCUAUACCCAAUACAACCCUCGGUAUGAACAAUGAAAUGGACGAACCGGAAACCGCUCAAACACCGAUGAAUGAACAUUUCCUAAGUACCUUGGCGAUUGGUGAUACAGGUAUAGCUCAGAGAUUGGAAUUGGCCGAUGAAUUGGUUAACACACCUACGACUGCCAAUAGUGCGGAGGGCACAUCAAGUAAUGAGCAAGCGAGGAAUGGGAUGUAUACUUAG